AUGAACAGCAAAAACAAAAGAUACACACGUGUGGCUACUUCCGACUUCGAUGAGUCGCUAUCGUCUAAUGAGCAGUUGUACGGAAUUAGAAAACAGAAUGCCCGGUUUAUUUACCUGCAGUAUGCGGCUUUCGCCUUCUUGAUCGUAUCUAACAUUGUUUUUCUCGGUCUGUGGUGGCGGGCUACACAGCUAGAAGAGAUUUGCGUGAGACCAAAGGUGUCAUAUUCUCCCGCUAAACACGUCAUCUCCUAUGAGCCAUCUCGGCUCUACCGGGACAUCCAGCAUAAUGUUUUCAGUAACGAUCCUCGCCUGGACCCUAGUCCCGAAUUUGACGCAGCAUGGAAUCGUUUGAUAGAACCGAUGACGAUAAAAAUAUCCGGCGAAGAGUUAGCGCACCUCCCUGACCCGAGUAUUGCGUUCAAGGACGGAUCCGGUUAUAUCGCGGAAUUGGCUGUAUACCAUGAGCUUCAUUGCAUUAAACGGAUGCGUCGCCAUUUCCACCUAGACCGGUACUACCCUAACAUGACAGAGGAUGAAUGGAAUCGCGAGCAGAUUCACGUGGAUCAUUGUCUUGAGUACUGGCGCGAAUCGGCCAUGUGUCGAGGUGACACUACUCUUUCUACCUUUCGCUGGGAGGACGGUCUGCCGUUUUCACGCGUCUAUAGUGACCACGAGUGCGUUAAUUGGGCGGCCUUGGAUGAAUGGGCCAGAUCGCGAAUGGUUGAUAUGAGCAAUUAUGACAUGUUAGAGCAUUGA